GUGAACACUCGUUCACUCGCUCGCACUGGCUUCUGGCUUGCACCAGCUGGCCGGCAAGGGAAAUCCCGCGCAUGACUUUGAGUUGUUUUUCGUUCGCUUUUGCGGCAUCAAGAUUGCGAAAAUUUGUAGAUUUCGGCAUCGCUUUAAUGAAAAGUAAGACUUUGAAAAUGUACCUGUAAAACUCAAGCAAAGAGUUCGGUAAAUUUUAAUUUCCUUCUCUCACAAAAUCUGCCGCAAAGACAUCAAAGAAAUUUCAACUUCACAACAAGAAUGAACGACGUUUCGGAAAUUCGGACUUCCACUGACAAUGAGCCAAAUUGCAAAACAGAGGAGGACAUGAAAAUGGACAUUGAUACUGUACCUCCUUCAGAAACAAAAUCUGAGGGAAAACUAUGGAACAGAGACUCUAAGGAAUCAGACUAUUUAAACGAAAUAAAGUUAAAAAACAGCUCAUUAGGAAGCAGUCAGAAAUCUCCAGUGAAGGUUAUAGAUACUCAAGAUGUAGAACAGCUCUUGUUAGAAAGAAACCAGAUGGUCAAAAUUGCUUACGACGUGUGCUGCAUGUUCAUUGAUGAUCAGAAUUUUAACUGUAACCAAGAUUCCGCUGAUUCUGGCAUAAGCGAACAAGAAGAACAACAAGUGACAGAAAAUUCAUUAAAGAACAAAUCUAAAAGAUGUGAUGAAGUAGCAGUUGUGCCAGCGAGGGUGACUCGAUCUCAAAGCAAAGCUGCUGAGACAGUGGAAACUUCAACACAGAAAACUGAAAGCAAUCCCGUCUUCUCUAUGGAAAACUUCCUCUCUCUGAACAAUGAUGCUUUUCAAAAAGCCAUGCUGAAUGCUGUGAAAGGAACUGAAGUUGGUGCCUUACUAAAUGAAUUGGAGCAACAGCGGGAGGAAAACAACCGACUGGAAAAGUAUUUGAUAGAGUUGGAGCAAAGACGGAAUACCCUUAAGCUGUAUUAUGCGACCACACAGAAUCUCAUUUUCCAGAGUGACCACGAAGGUACUCAGAUACAAACGUAACGGUUUGAUUGAUUCACAAAUCGUCCACGACUGAUGUUCUAGUUAUUUCCAAGCAAACCAAAUCCCCUCUGUACUGGGCACUAGCGCCUUUAGAAUGAGUGCCUGUUGUUUGUAGCAUUUAAGAGGUUUGCUCAACCAUGAUCUAAAUAGUUUGUAUGUGCAAGUCUCCUGACUGUUGUAUUUGUCGUUUAUGCUCAAAAUGGGAGUAUUAGCAUAGGUGCAAAAUUCGUCCAUCUCAAAUUUUGAAUUGCUCGGUAUGAUCGAAGCUCAAAUCUUGUGCAAUUAAUGGGACUACGCGUUAAUAUAGGAUUUUUAAGAUUUUAAAUAUUUGUCAGGUACAAACACAAAGUUACCAGUUUUUUUAUACCAAUGUGCCAGUGAAUGGUAAUGAAGUUAACUAUGCCAAAUCUGUCUUGCUGACGCCUUUUGAUCCAUUGGAGAAAUGGAGCAAUAAAACUAGUUUGUUACAUA